UCCAAACUACUUAGCAAAGAAUUGUACGAAGUUAAAAAGGGUAUAAUAUAUAGGGGUGUACGUAGAAGUUAAAGGUUGAAGGUGAGGAAUGUCGGGGGCACAAGGAGCACAGCCAAAGGGAUCUCUAACACCAACAAUAUAUGAAUCGGUCGAACAGAAAGAGGAGGACAAGCCCAAAAUGGAACUCCAUUCCCGUGAAGAUGAACGCGGAAUCCAGGUUGAUAAAAUCCAGGACAAGGUUAAGGAUGCCGCCGGCUUAGGCGGUCCUGUUUUUGGUGCCGGCAAGGAAGACAACAAACAAGACUUAGGCGUUACCGGCACCGGCUAGCUAGUUAAACUAAUCUACAACAUAUUUAGUCUAGUUUUUUUCACUUGUAUUAGUAUACCGUCUCGUGCUAUAUAUGUUCAUGUAUUUGAAAUUAUCCAAAGUUGUUAAAAUGAUACUCCUAUGACGCUUGCUUUAAAAUA